UUACCACAUAUGUUGUUUAUGGACCUCCAGGAACUGGAAAAACUUCAACAAUAUUAGCUUUAGCUCAUGAAUUGUUUGGCCCAGAAUUAAUGAAAAGUCAUGUUUUGGAAUUGAAUGCAUCGGAUGAACGUGGAAUUCAAGUUAUUAGGGAAAAGGUAAAAAAUUUUGCAUGUGCAAUAGUUAGUUGGCAUGCAAGUGAAUAUCCUUGUCCACCUUACAAAAUCAUUAUACUGGAUGAAGCUGAUUCAUUAACACAUGAUGCUCAAACAGCUUUAGGACACAUAAUGGAAAACUAUUCUAGAAUCACUCGUUUCUGUUUGAUUUAUAAUUAUGCUAUAGAUGAGAUUCUUAAGAUAUCUAAUGGUGAUUUGAGAAAAUCCAUAAUGUUUCUUCAAAGCACAGCCAGAUUACAUCAAAAUGAAAAAAUUACUGCUAAUUCAAUUUUAGAAAUCGGAGGGGAUAAUAUUAUUGCAUCAGGAUUUUCUGCUGUUCAAAUAAUGUCACAGAUUUAUGAUAAAGUAGUAGUUGAUGAACAACUGAACAGUGAUCAGAAAGCUUGUAUAGGAGAGGUUUUAGACGAAAUUGAUAAAGAAUUAUGUGAUGGAGAUGAUGAUAAUUUUCAACCAAUGAAACUGUUUAUAAACUUUUCUGAAAUCGUAAAUCAAUAG